CGGCGACUUGCUUGCAAUGCUUGCAAGGAGCCAUUGGUUGGUGUGCUGGUUACACUGGUAGAGUUGGUAGUGGACACACUCAGAGCUACCAAGAAACCCCCCGGUAGAAGCAGCCUGAGCUGGUCGUGGGUGAUAGGUGCCACCAUCUCCAAACUCACUCAGUUAGCCAGUCAGUCAGUCAGUCAGUCAGUCAGUCAGUCAGGUUAUCGCCGUCUUAGUGUACAAGAUCUCGGUCAUUGGGCUCGAGGUUCUGAGGCACCCAAAUAUAUUCAGAGUUCUUACGGGAAAAGUUGGCCUUUGGCAGGAAAAAAACAGAGUUUCAAACCAUGACCAAGUGAUAUUCAUAUCCGGAUAAUCAGAGUGUGCUUGUGAACCAACGCUAAAACAGAGGUGGGAUUGGAGAAACCGAAUCCUUGGUCAGUCCCAAUUGUGGGACGAGGAUCCUUCACGUUGACAUUGCUCAGAACUUAGUCCAAUCAAGAUGAAGCCCAGGGAGGGCGGAGGCAUAACCAUGCUCUCAAAAGCAACCAUAGUGGCAUUCAUUCUAGUUUCAUCUGCUCUAGCUCAAGACUCGCUCUUCCAAUGUCCACGAGGUUGGAAACUUCGUGGACUGCAUUGUUACCAAUUCUUUAAUAUUAAACAUUCCUGGAGUAAAGCGUCAGAAUUAUGUCAGAGGUAUGGAAGUUCGCUAGCGAGUGUGGAAUCUUUCCGACAAAACAACUUUACCGCCGACUUGGCCUCCGAGUAUCUGGCAGAACUGGCCCAAGAGGAUGAUGGCACAUCUGAAGCCCCCGGGUAUUGGCUUGGGCUCCAGGCCUACAACGAGCUCCAGACCAACACGUUGGAGGCGGAUGCUGGCCACCAGAUCUCACAGUACUAUGGCCAUUGGGCCCUGGAACAGCCCGAUGUUAUGGACGGCAAAUGCGUCCGCUCCGUGCUCAAAUCCGAGGCCAUCGGAAAACAAGAAUGGGAGCUGACCACGUGCGAGGCCCUCAUGCCUUUCAUGUGCCUCAUCCCGGCUUGUCCCACCGGAACCUAUCACUGCUCCAAUGGCAAAUGCGUCAACAACGAGUUCGUUUGCGACGGUCAAAACGAUUGUGGCGACAGUUCGGACGAGCUCAAUUGCCCGGAUCGGUGCCAUUUCCAUCUGGAAUCGUCGGGUGACAUCAUUCAAUCAUCCAGCUACCCCGGCAAAUACGAACCCUUCUCGGACUGCAAAUGGACCUUGGAAGGACCUCGUGGAACCAACAUUGUUCUUCAAUUUUCCGAAUUCGACACCGAGAAGAAUUUCGACACGGUUCAAAUCUUGGGCGGAGGACGAACAGAAGACACGGCUGUCAAUAUUGCCACGCUCUCCGGCCUCAAUGACGAAUAUACCUCCAAGACUUACGUUUCCGCUUCCAAUUUCAUGGUCAUCAAGUUUAAGACCGACGGAUCCGUGGAGAAGAAUGGCUUCCGAGCCUCUUGGAGGACCGAGGCCCAAAACUGCGGGGGAUACCUCGUGGCCACUUCGUCCUCUCAGGUUAUGGUCUCGCCCAACUAUCCCCAAGAAUACCCUGGCGGUCUGGAAUGUCUGUACACCAUCAGUGCAUCCCAAGGCAAGGUGAUCACAUUGGAGAUCGAGGACCUGGAAAUGGAGCCCGAUAAGGACUUUGUUCUCAUUCGCGAUGGCGCUGGGCCCAAUGAUCGGGUCUUGGCCAAGUUGAGUGGCGUCGUGGAUGACAACCCCCAAUUCAUCGUCUCCACCGGACACAAGCUAUAUGUUUACACCCAAACCAAUCAAGCGGAUUCCCGUCGCGGUUUCCGCAUCAAGUACCACGAAGGUUGCGAUGUCACCAUUAAUCGACCCAAUGGGACUUUCACUUCUCCCGCUUUUGGCUCCGCCCCGUAUCCGCACAACCAGGAAUGCAUCUACCGUGUGAGACAUCCCGCCAAUGGGCGUAUCUCGAUGGUGUUCCAAAAUAUGGAUGUGCACAAGAGUGACCGCGUUCAGGUAUUUGAUGGCGAAGGUGGAUUAGCACUUCAUCCGGAAGAUGGCUUCUACGGUCGUGAGACGCCUCAAAUGAUGUUGUCGGCAGAUUCUGGUGAAUUGCACGUUCGAUUCAAAUCUGAUUCGCUCCAGAAUGCCAUGGGAUUCAAGGCCAUCUUCUCGGCCGAUUGCCCUGCUUUGCAACCAGGAGAGGGCGCAAUUGGUGCCACCGUGGACACCGUAUUUGGAUCCAUGUCCAAGUUCUCUUGUCCCGAGGGUCAGGUGUUUGCCACUGGAGUCGAGGAGAUCUACACGGAAUGCCAACAGGGAGGGAAAUGGUCUCAGGACUACAUCCCCAAAUGUCAGGAAGUCUAUUGCGGUCCCGUACCUCAGAUCGAUAACGGAUUUGCUGUGGCAGCCACUAAUGUCAGCUUUGGGGGCACCGCUUCCUACCAAUGCUAUGCAGGUUUCGGCUUUUCCAGUGGACAACCCAUUGAAACUAUCAUCUGCAACUCGGAGGGAGCCUGGAGUUAUUUGCCCGUGUGUCAAGCUAGCCAAUGCCCACCUUUGCAAGAGGUCGAGAACGCAAGAGCUGAUGUCCUCGCGGGCCGAGGUCUGAACUACGGUACGGUCGUGAGGUACGCAUGUGAUGAAGGCUAUGAACGGAGCGGUCUCCCUGUACUUCUUUGCCAGAGUGACGGCACUUGGUCAUCGGAAGUGCCCUCGUGCACUAGAAUGCAAUGCCACGUUUUCCCCGAAAUUGAGAACGGAUUCAUUAUGGAUAAGAACCUAGAUUAUUUCUAUGGUGAUCAAGCUCGCGUCGAAUGUCAUCGUGGAUACAACCGUAUUGGAACAAAUAUCAUCACUUGUGGCGGCAACCAGACUUUUGAGAACGUCCCCAGAUGCGAAGACAAGAACGAAUGCGAUGCUUUCCAAUGUGACUUCAAGUCCACUGAAUGUGAAAACACCGCUGGAUCGCACCAUUGUAAGUGUCGAAAAGGUUUUGAGCCCAACUUGGAGUGCAGACCAGUCCUUGACUUGGGUCUGGCUGAUGGAGGCAUCCCUGAUGAUGGCAUCAUUGUCUCUGGCGCUGAAGAGGGUUACGACAAAAGCCAGGUUCGACUCAACUCGGAAUUGGGAUGGUGUGGAACGUCCACCAUUGUGGGAUUCAACACCGGCAACUACGUGAUCAUUGAUCUGAAGGCUCCCACAGUUAUUCGAGGGUUCCGAACCCAAGGCGUCAAACGACAUGAUGGACGAUUGGCAUUCCCCACUGCCAUCAGGCUGCAAUACACCAAUGACCUGAGUGACAAGAUGAAAGAGUUCCGAAACAUUGACCGGUCUCCUGUCGAAUUCAGGGUCCUUGAUGGGGCUUCCAUGUCGGUCAUGAAUCUUCCCCAAGCUAUUGAGGCCAGAUAUCUUCGAUUGAACAUCUUUAACUACACCAACAAUCCUUGUCUCCGCCUUGAAGUCAUGGGCUGUCAAAAGCAGUCUUGCAACGAUGCCAAUGAAUGUUUGGAAAAUAAUGGAGGAUGUCAGCAAAAGUGUGUGAACAACCCCGGUGGAUUCAAUUGCCAGUGCAAUGUGGGCUUCAAACUUUUCACCAAAGAUGGCACUUCCAACUUCUUCUUGGCUGAUGGUGAGACUGGUUUGCGCGAUGGCGACACUUACCGGUUCAACAAGACCUGCGUGCCCAAGUCUUGCCCACCCCUACCCAAAGUUGAAAAUGGUAAAAUUCUGGCUCCCCAAAUGACAUACCGAUUUGGCGACAUGGUCCACUUCAUGUGCGACUUUGGAUAUGUCAUCGAAGGAAAUCCCAGUCUGAUUUGCACCUCUGCUGGAGAAUGGAACGGAACAGUGCCCUCUUGCAAUUACGCUCAAUGUCCUCAUCUGUUGGACAAUGAGGAAGAGGGUCUUCGUGUGAUCAAAGAAGAUGAAGAGAGUCCAAUGCUACCGUUCAGGAGCAAUGUCACCUUAACUUGUGAUCAAGUGGGACGGCCUUUGAGGAACACUGCCACGUCCAGUUUCAGGCAAUGCGUUUACAAUCCCAUCCCAGGCCAAUCCGAAUACUGGCUCUCUGGAGCUGAGCCCCUGUGUCCAAGAAUUGAUUGUGGGGUCCCGCCUCCAAUCCCAGGCGCCGAUUAUGGAGAUUUUGUGGAUACUCGCUAUCAGGCUUCUUUCUUUUUUGGAUGUAAAGACGAAGCCUUCCGAUUGGUGGGUCAGUCAUCCAAGAACGACAAUAUUGUUCGAUGCCAAGAGACCGGAGUUUGGGAUUUUGGUGACAUGAGAUGUGAGGGACCUGUUUGCGAAGACCCACGACGACCUCCAGAUGGCGUUCAGAUUGCUCAAAGCUAUGAGCAAGGCUCCAAGGUUGAAUUCCAAUGCUCCAAGGACGGUUAUAUUCCGAUUAAUCCAGCUCCAGUCGAAUGUGUGGAACAGCCUGAAUGCAAGAUCGUGACUCCCUUGGGAAUCACCUCUGGCAAAAUUCCAGAUAGCGCUAUCAAUGCCACUUCAGAGCGCGGCAACUAUGAGGCCCGCAAUGCACGAUUGAAUAGUGUGACAGGAUGGUGUGGCAAGAAAGAGGCGUUCACCUAUGUCAACGUUGAUUUGGGCAACCUCCAUCGCAUCAAAGCCAUCUUAGUCAAGGGUGUCAUCACAGAUGAUGUGGUAGGACGACCCACUGAGAUUCGAUUCUUUUACAAGGAACGUGAAGAGGACAACUAUGUGGUCUACUUUCCCAAUUUCAACCUCACGGCUCGCGACCCCGGAAACUAUGGAGAACUUGCCAUGAUCACUCUCCCAUUGAGUGUCCAAGCCCGAUAUGUCAUCUUAGGUAUUGUUAGCUACGACGAGAAUCCUUGCUUGAAAUUUGAGUUGAUGGGAUGUGAGGUAGAUCCCACGGAACCGCUUCAUCUUGGCUUCAACAAUGGUUACCCAGUUUGUGUUGACAACGAGCCACCCGCAUUUUUGAAUUGCCCCACUUACCCAAUCGUGGUCCAAAAGGACUCCACAGGACUAAAACAGAUCAACUUCACCCAGCCCCUUGCUCGCGACAAUUCUGGUGCCAUUGCUCGAAUGGAAAUUGUUUCCAUCACUGCUGCUGGCAGAACGGACGGCUUCUCAAUGCCCAUGACCACCUUUGAAGACAUGAUGGUUGAAUACUACGCCUUUGACUUUGAUGGAAAUGUGGCCAUUUGCCAAGUCAACAUCACCGUUCCCGAUGACACCCCGCCCACCUUGAAGUGUCCUCAAUCUUUCGUGAUUGAAUUGGUAGAAGAAGAUGACUCCUACGAGAUUGACUUCCUCAAACUGCGCGGUCAAGUGAAUGCUAGUGAUCCAUCUGGAGAGGUGACGGUCACGUUCACCCCUGAGAGAGCUACCAUUCGCACUGGAUCCUACGAGAAUGUUACGGUUGUGGCUCGGGACAUUGUUGGCAACCAAGCCCAAUGUUACUUCCAGGUGGCCGUCAAGCCAACGCCUUGUGUGGCUUGGGAACUUCAGAAACCCGUGUUUGGCGAUAUCAACUGUAUCCAGACACCCAAUAAUGGCCACGAAUGUAAAGCCACUUGCCAGACUGGCUACCGAUUCACUGAUGGAGCUCAAGAGAAGAUCUUCACUUGCGAGGACAACUCCCCGUGGUCUCCCAGUGGGGUCGUUCCUGAUUGUGUGUCUGAAGAUACGACAUUGUCGACCUAUGAUGUUGCCGCCACCAUCACCUAUCGGGGAAAUGGAGCAAUUUCUGAUGAGUGCGCUCAGUUCUACAUUGACAACGUUGAGCAAUACAAGGAGGCUCUUGGAGUGGUCCUGACCGAGCGGUGCUCUGCAGGUAGCGGAGGAGUCGACAUUCAAGUCAUGUUCAAGCCCACCAAAUCCCAGAAGAGUGGAGAAAACAUCCUGGAUAUGAUCUACACCAUGAUGGUCACCCCUGUUCUACCUCAGCCCCGUGUCUACGACCUUUGUGGUCAGACUCAUGAUCUGAUCUUUGAUUUGUCCAUUCAACGCACCAAUGAGCUCAUCGCCGACCUCUUGGAAAUCCCCGGUGAUGAAGAAAACUGCCCGUCCUUGAGAGCUCUCCGCUCCGAUGUGAAUCGAGGUUUCGUCUGCCAAGUGGGCGAGGUUCUGAAUAAGAUCCGUGCCUCAGACGUGCCGCGUUGCUUGGAAUGCCCUGCUGGUUUCUUCGCUGGUCAAGGUGAAGAAAGUUGCACCCUCUGCGCAAAAGGCUUUUUCCAAGAUGAAGCUCGCCAAGGCCAAUGCAAGAAAUGCCCUGCGGGCACCUGGACCCAAGAUGAAGGCUCCAAGAGUGAAACUGAUUGUGUUCCUGUGUGCGGAUUUGGUACCUACAGCCCCACUGGCCUGGUGCCUUGUUUGGAGUGCCCCCACAAUAGCUACUCUGGCGAGCCUCCAUUCGAUGGAUUCAAAGAAUGCACUCAAUGCCCUGAGGAUCUUUUCACCUUCCAACCUGGAGCACAUGCUGUGGAAGAUUGCCGAGCCAAGUGCCCCCCGGGGAGCUACUCCGACACAGGACUUGCUCCUUGCGCCCCUUGUCCUACAAACUUCUUCCAACCUCUGUCUGGUCAACGACAGUGCUUUGAGUGUCACACCACCGAAGAAACUUUGGGCGUGGGCACUUCCUCCAAAGAUGAAUGCCAAGAUGUGGAUUGUCCCGAAGGUAUCUGUGAACACGGCGGUCUUUGCGUAGCCGUCAAUCAUCGACCCAAGUGCUUCUGUCCCACUGGCUUCUCCGGAAAUCGUUGUCAAAUCGACGUGGAUGAAUGCGCGAGUAACCCAUGUUACAAUGAGGGCGAAUGCGUGGAUCUUCCCCAAGGUUACCAAUGUAAUUGCAAGCCUGGUUUCUCCGGUCUUCAGUGCAUUGAGGAAGAAUCUUCCUGUGAUAGCAAUCCCUGUCCUGAACGCGCCAUGUGCAAGAACGAACCUGGUCCGGACAACUUCACUUGUCUCUGCCGCUCGGGUUAUGAGGGCGAAAAUUGCGACGAGACUGUGGAUCCUUGCAGUCAAAACCCUUGCCAAAAUGAGGGCGAAUGCGAGAGCUUCCAACAAGGACGAUAUGUUUGCAAAUGUCCCAAUGGUUGGGAAGGCAUCCAUUGCGAGGUCAAUAUUGAUGAUUGUGCCGAAAACCCCUGUUUGUUGGGGGCCAAUUGCACGGAUCUGGUCCACGAUUUUGCUUGCGAAUGCCCUCAAGGAUUUGCUGGCAAACGUUGCGAAGAGAAGAUCGACCUGUGCCUAGACCACCAAUGCCUCAAUGGAUUCUGUGUGGAUAAGAUCUUUAAAUAUGAGUGCAUCUGUAACCCUGGUUGGACUGGUGAGAUGUGCGAAGUGAAUGUGGACGAUUGCCUCACUAAUCCUUGUGAAAACGACGGUCAAUGUAUUGACGAGAUUGACGACUUCAAUUGCGUGUGUGAACCCGGUUUUGUGGGCAAGAAAUGUCAACAUCGAAUUGACUAUUGCUCAUCAGAGCCAUGCCAGAAUGGUGGAACCUGUACCAAUUCUGAAGAUGGCUUCCUCUGCGAUUGUCGUCCAGGCUUCGUUGGAUUGACUUGUGAAGCAGCCAUUGAUGAGUGCGCUUCGAACUUGUGUGAUCCCACUGGAACUGCUCGUUGUUUGGAUUUGGACAAUAAAUUCGAAUGCGAAUGUCGCGAAGGAUUCAAGGGCGACACUUGCGAAGUCAAUAUCAAUGACUGCGCUUCCAACCCUUGUAUGAAUGGAGGCACUUGCCGCGACGAGGUUGAUGGUUUCGUCUGCUCAUGCCCAUCGGGUUGGUCAGGUGAAAGGUGUGAAAGUGACAUCGGAUAUUGCGAAAGCGAUCCUUGCGAGAACAAUGCCGAAUGUAUCAACUUGUUCCAAGACUUCUUUUGUGUAUGUCCCAAGGGCACCGAUGGCAAGCGAUGUGAAACAGCUCCUGAGAGAUGUAUCGGAUCUCCUUGCAUGAAUGGUGGCUUCUGUCGGGAUUAUGGCUCGGAUUUGAAUUGCACGUGUUCAGACGACUUCACUGGGAUUGGUUGUCAGUUCGAGUUUGAUGCUUGCGCCGCCAAUGUUUGCGAGAAUGGCGCCACCUGUGUUGACAACGGGCCCAGCUAUCAAUGUGUCUGUCCCCCUGGCUACACCGGUCAAAACUGCGAGGAGAAUAUUAAUGAUUGUCGACCUGGAACAUGUCCACCCGCUUCCACGUGCAUUGACUUGACGGACAACUUCUAUUGCCGAUGCCCGUUCAAUUUGACUGGAGAAGAUUGUCGAAAGACCAUUCAGAUCGAUUACGAUCUCCACUUCACUGAUGAGAGCAAGUCCAGCUCUGCUUCCUUGGUUGUGCCGUUUGUUCUUGGUACGCCUGAAGAGUUUACGGUUGGCCUAUGGGUCCAAUUUGAUACUCCGGGCGAGACUGGCACCUACUUCACCCUCUAUGCAGUCGACUCUGAGUACUACCCAACCAACCGACGAGUCAUCCUUCAAGCUGUGAACUCAGGUGUGUACGUCAACUUCUUCGAAGGUCAAGUCCAGUCUGUGUUCCUGCAAUUCCCUGCGUAUGUUCCAAUCGCCAACGGUCAAUGGCAUCACAUUGCCGUCACUUGGACUGGCUUCACAGGAACUUUAACCCUGGUCUCAGAUGGUCUCAUUGCUGAUAAGCGCGAACAAUAUGGCGUCGGUUUGGCCAUCCCUCAUGACUUUGGUUAUGUCACUCUUGGAUCAACCGAGAGCGAGGAUAAGAGAGUCACCAGAACUGAAAGCGGGUUCCACGGCAAGCUCACCAAGGUCCAGCUUUGGCAACGAGCUCUUGAUGCUGGGACUGACAUUCCCCGACAAGUGAAGUCCUGCCGAUCUGCUCCCAUUCUCUUCCCGGGCUUGAUCCUGAGAUGGUCGGGAUAUGACAAGACCAUUGGCGGGGUCGAGCGCAUUAUGCCGUCUGUGUGUGGUUCGAUGACAUGUCCUCCUGGGUAUAGUGGUGAGGAAUGCGAGGUGCUUGAGAAGGACAAGAUUGCCCCCACCGUCGAAUACUGUCCACCUGGCGACAUUUGGGUGGCCACCUCCAAUGGAUCGGCCUUUGUCAGUUGGGAUGAGCCCAUCUUUGCGGAUAAUGUUCGUGUGGAUAAGGUCAUCAAUAAGGGAGGUUUGAAACCUGGCCAAGCCUUGCAAUGGGGAACUUAUGACGUGGCUUAUGUGGCCUACGACGAAGCUGGAAAUACGGCUCAAUGCGCCUUCAAGAUUUACGUGUUGAACUCGUUCUGUCCUCCUUUGGAUCCUCCGGUAGGUGGAAGCCAAUCGUGCGAGGAUUGGGGCCCAGGGGGCCGCUUCAAGGUUUGCCGAAUCACUUGCGAAGAUGGACUUAAGUUCUCUCAGGAUGUGCCUCAGUUCUACACUUGUGGAGCCGAGGGAUUCUGGAGACCCAAUACUAACGCCGACAACUCUUUGGCUCCAUUUGUCUACCCCGCUUGCUCGAAGACCAAGCCUGCUCAGAAGAUCUUCAAGAUCAAGUUGGACUACAUGACCGACGUUCUGUGUAACGAUGCCGGUAAAGGUGUGCUUAAGGAGAGGAUCAUCAAUGCCCUCCAAGAAUUGAACAAGGAAUGGAGUUUGAGCUCUUGCAACAACCUGAAAGAAGACGAAUGUAAAGAUCUUGGAAUCAACAUCAACUGUAACCGCCGACCUUCUUCCGAUGGUAAUGAGCCCACAAGGAUCAAGCGACAAAUUGGCAACCGCAGCAACAAUGAUGACCAGGCCUAUCAAUUAGAAAUUAGCCUCCCAACAAUCGAUAAUGACGAGGUCACAAACGACGCCGGUCAGCGCGAAAGAAUCGAACGACUCUUGCAAUCCAUCAUCUUGGAACAAAACAAGCUCAAUGUGAGUGCUACUCUGCCCAAUGUCCAAUUGGAUAAGAGCAGUUUCACCAUUGACGAGGAGUUCACUUGUAACAAAGGCGAAGUUGUUGUUGACAACGAUUGUGUCCCUUGCCCCAAGGGAAGCUUCUUCAACGAGAAGAAGAAGUCGUGCAGUCCCUGCGCGUUGGGGACCUUCAACAAAGAAACAGGCCAACUUCAAUGUCAGCAAUGUCCUGAAUUCCAAGGCAAGGCCGGUGUGACGGAAACCAUGUCUUCCACCACGGUCGAAGAGUGUAAGGAACGUUGUCCCGUGGGUCAAUAUUUUGAUAAGAUCGUGGAUCUGUGCCGUCCUUGUGGUUAUGGCAAGUACCAGCCCGAGGAAGGCAAGUUCUCUUGUCGUCUGUGUGGAAUUGGUCUCACCACCCGUACCAAGGAGGCCGUUUCUGAGGAUGAAUGCCGAGAAGAAUGCGCUGAUGGCAAACAGUUGGGCAUGGAUGGCAAUUGCGAGCCCUGUCCAUUGGGAACCUUUCGUACUAAAGGUCUUCAUUUGGCCUGCGAGAGAUGUCCUGAUGGAUUCACGACUUCCCGUUCGGGCGCCACCACACAAGGCGAUUGUUCAUUGCCCAUUUGCCAACCAGGAUCUUUCCUGAAUUCGACCAUCAACGAAUGCCAGCUUUGCGCCAGAGGCUUUUAUCAAGACGAGGCUCAACAAACCGAUUGCUACGAAUGUCCUCCCGACACUUCCACCAAGAGCGAAGGAUCCAUCAGUCAAGAUGAGUGUACCAACAGGUGUCGAGUUGCCGAAGGAGAGGAUGCUCUGUGCGAUCACAACGCCAUCUGUCUGUUCAUCAAGGAAACUAACGGAUUUACAUGUCAAUGUAAGCCUGGCUUCAAUGGCACAGGAUCCCACGGCGACUGCACUGAUCGCUGCACUGAUCAUUGCCGCAAUGAAGGUGUCUGUCUCAAAGACAAGCAAGGUAGUCCCUUCUGUCAAUGUGCAGGAUCAUUCACGGGUAAGCAUUGUGAGACCAAGUCUACAUUUGCUUACUUCGCUGGUGGCAUUGCCGGGUUCGUGGUCUUCCUCAUCAUUUUGACCCUACUCAUUUGGAUGAUCUGUGUCAGAGCCCACCGCACACGAAGGACACCAGAGAAAAUAUUGUCAGCUGCUCAAGAUGCCAAUGGAUCCCAGGUGAACUUCUACUAUGGAGCCCCUGCUCCCUAUGCCGAGUCCAUUGCUCCAUCCCAUCACUCAACUUACGCGCAUUACUACGAUGAUGAGGAGGAUGGCUGGGAGAUGCCUAAUUUCUACAAUGAAACUUCCAAUGCCUCAUUGUAUGGAAAGGGCGGUGGUGGUCCCCAAGCUCAAGAUGAUCUCUAUGACAGGCUUCGAAGACAUGCCUAUCAAGGCAAGAAAUCAGACAAGAGCGGCAACGAGACCACCAGCGAUAGUGAUGGUCAAUAAAUAGAGAAUGUCUGCAGAAUUUAAAUGUCGAUGAAGAAAUCGAAGAAAUGAGGUGUUUUAGUGAACAAGAUGAAUCAAAAAACGAUUUUCUCAGUGACGAACCCCGCAUUGAUCCUGCGAAGACAGAGACUUCAUCUCAAAAUGCAGUGCGACCAACCAUUGGUGAUACAACAAAAUCAAGCUAAAACAUGAAAUGUGCUGCUAUUAGGAUAUUAUUAAUCUUUGUAAUUGUUCUUCCGUCUCUUCAUUUCUUUGGGAAAUGACAACGAAAUUCCCAGCUCAACUGCCAAAAAAUCCGAUUAGAUCUCUUACCGAAAAAAUUGUUUCCUCCUCUCUCAAAUCCAACGACUAACCAAAUCAUACUCUCCACUUUGUGACAUGUCUUUAUUCAUACCACUCCCACUCUAGCCCCUCCUACAGCAAAGCUACCAGAGUAGUAAUUGCUCCACAGUCCCGACCCACCCGAGCAAAACAUAACAUACCACAGUUCAACAAACAACUGUUUCAACUACCUAUUCGGAACUUUAUAAUAAAUGAGGUGGGCAAUCUUGUGCUCAAUACCACCACUUGAGAGCCAGUGUACUUUUUUUUCUGUUUAUGCCUUUAUACUUUUUGAAUCGCGUGUGGACUUGAAUAUUAAAACUCUCCCAAAUGCAAACCUGUAUCCGUCAAGGAGGGAGAUGAAAGUGUGCGUUGUACUCAGUUGUGCUAGUUGAUGAAAUAAACGGUUACAAUAUUCCAUUAAACGUU